AUGGUCGCCAAGCAGGCGGCAGCGAAGGAGUCGCCCCCGAAACACUUCCGAAGUCUUGCCAUUGAGGACCAGAUCUCCAAACUGAACCAACGGGCCGAUAAGCUGGCCACCAAGCACCAGCAGAGGGCGCUCCAGGUCUUAUUGAAAGACAGACCCGAUCUAAUCCCCGGCAUCGUGAAGCAUUUGAGCUCCAAGGGCGUGCAGUUGCCCGAUCUGAAAACGUUUGGCAAUAAAGGGGCCCGCAUCCCCGAUGACGAUGACAUGGGCACUGGCUCAGGCGAUUUUCCCGCCAUAGAAGACAAGGCGCUCCCCGCAAAGGUGCGCAGGACCACGGCGGUGCGAGACGACAACCCUGACAAUUGGCUCCCCCACAAAUACACGAAACUCGUGAAUUGCUCACCGAAGUUCCUCGAGGAGCUCGCGUCCAAGCUGGAAGACAUCUCCUACAGUACCUACAUGCUGAAGGCUUUGAAGGUCAAGAGGCAGACCAAAGAGCAUCAUCAGGAGAAACUUGCUGAAAUCAUUGAGUUUGCCAGUGGCUGGGACAUGAACAAGGCGAUCGUAGGCGACAUGAGGCACAUCCCAACGUUCACGAAACAACUACAGGAGGCCAGUGUUUCGAGGGGUAAUCGCGGGGCCACCCUGAGGUUGCCGGCCACGUGGACGGAGAAGGGCGUCGGCGUCUACAGCUUCGUUGGCGGUGCGGGGAUGGCGAUGGUCGUGAGGAACCGCUUCAACGACAUCUCGGUCGAGGUCCCGGAAUCCAUGUUUCUCAAAGUGGACGGCCAGUUGGCACCUUUCGAUGAACUGUUCAUCAGCGACAACUAUUCGGAGACCAGGGCGGCCAUCACCACCGGUAAGAGCACAGAGUCGAUCGCGAUCGCUACCUUGGCGGGCGCGGGCGCAGCUAUGGAGGCUGAGGCCUACUCCCCGUCGGGCAAGAGCGGCGGCAUAACCCCGCAGAUUUGUGACCGAGGUGUUCAGUGA